GAGCACCGGGCACCGGGAACCCGGCACCGGACACCGGGCAUCGGGCACCGGGCACCGGGCAUCGGGCACCGGGCACCGGGCAGGGAGAGGCGCCGGGGGAACCGAACCCCAACCCCUCCCCAGCCCCGUUCCGCCCCGCUCCGCCCCGUUCCGCCCCGUCCCGUCCCUCCGCGGGCACCGGAGCAGCCCCGGUCCCGGCGCCGCGCUCCCCCGAGGCAGGCAGCAGAGAUGGACACCUUCAGCACCAAGAACCUGGCCCUGCAGGCCCAGAAGAAGCUGUUGAGCAAGAUGGCUACCAAGAGCAUAGCCAACGUCUUCAUUGACGACACCAGCAGCGAGAUCUUGGACGAGCUGUACCGGGCCACCAAGGAGUACACCCACAACCGCAAGGAGGCCCAGAAGAUCAUCAAAAACCUCAUCAAGAUCGUGAUGAAGCUGGGCGUGCUCUACCGCAACGGGCAGUUCAGCCCCGAGGAGCUGCUGGUGAUGGAGCGGUUCCGCAAGAAGGUGCACACCUUGGCCAUGACAGCCGUCAGCUUCCACCAGAUAGACUUCACCUUCGACCGCAGGGUGAUGUCGGGGGUGCUGACGGAGUGCAGGGACCUGCUGCACCAGGCUGUCAACGGCCACCUGACGGCCAAGUCCCACUCCCGCAUCAACCACGUCUUCAACCACUUUGCGGACUACGAGUUCCUCUCGGCUCUCUACGGGCCGGCCGAGCCCUAUCGCACCCACCUGAAGAGGAUCUGCGAAGGGGUCAACAAGAUGCUGGAGGAGGACAACAUAUGAAGUUGGCCAAGAUGGGCCAGCAGCAGCAGCAGCUGCCAGGCUCUGCCUCCUGUGAGACCGAGGACAGGACCUAUGCCUGUGUUGACCAGCACCAGGCUUGUUGGCCUCUUCUCCUCUGUUGUGCUAACUCGUUUUCUCCUUGUUUCUACAAAAGGUUGAACCUCUUGACUUCUUCUAACCCUUGCCCAGGGUCUGCAAGCCCCACCUGUGCUGGGCUUGAGUCCUUUCCAGGUGAUCCUGGGCUUCUGGGCUCCUGCUGUCCAGCUAGAUUUCCUUUGCCCACCUAAGUGCUCUUAACUCGGAGUCCAAUGAACUGGACUCCUCACCUUGAACUCUAUCAUGUCCCUUCUGGGGGAAAACCAGACCAAAGACUCGUGGUGGUAACACCUCUAAGGUGUCUCUGAGUGGGUGGGUGGUUGCUUGGAUGAAGGGUUGUGAAGACCCUGUUACUGGAGGGUUGUGGAGCCCCAAGUUGUCUUUCAGUAGCUCCAGUACACGGUGGGAGCAAAUCCCAGUCCAGACCUGUGCUGCCCAGGGUAGGAAGGUGCUUCUGCACCUUGCAGGCUUGCGUGGGCUUUGACCUCCUGAAAGACAAGUCCUUGAGAGCAGAAGGAUCCCACCUCACCUGGGUUGUCCCUCGGGGCAGGGAGGGAGCUGGAGGGUCCUACUCUGUCCCUGCAUCCCAGGUACACCCCUUCAUCCAAGACCCAACUUCCCCUCCAUGAUGGUACCACGGUGAUGGCCCCGACACCUUCCUCAGUGGUUGCCCAAAGUUCUCCCCAGCAUUUCAGACAUUUCAUGGGUCCUCCACUGAGUUAGGGUUGUUCUUUUUGUUUUGUUUGGGUUGGUUUGUUUUUUUUUUUAGCAAACUCUGUAGCCCUGAUGAGUUAUUUAAAUAAACUCACCUGUUUGGCCUGGGUG